CUUUAAUAAUUAUAGAGACCGCUUUUUGCAUGCCGAACGCAGAAAAUAUGGUCUAUUCUGGAGCGUUCUAACAUUAUUUAUGGUUACUAAUACUAUGUAUGUAUAAAACGGUUAAAAAUUUGUAGUAAUCGUAGCGGUAUUGUAGAUUUUGUGGUAGCGAAUAUAAUCGUGUAUUUUCGCGUUCAAGAACGUCUUGGAGUGUAUUCUAAACAUCUUAUCUGUUUUGAACUAAUAAUGUAUAGGCCUAAUCUUCAUAGGUUGUUGAUCAAUAUAUCCAUUCCGAUAUGGAAUAAAAGUAAUAAAGUGUUCGAACCUUAUUUAGUAGGCCUGACAUCGAAUCUACGAUUCUCGUCGCAUGGUUUAUUUUCUAGCAAAGAUCCUUUGCAUUUGAUGAAAACUUUAAGCAUUACAAUUUCAUUUUCAAGUAAGUACUUUUUAAGAACUUACACAACUGACGAAGGAGUAAAUCAAAAUCCGCUAUUAUCAGAUGAAAUAUAUUCAGAAAAUGGUGAAAUUAAAUCUGAAUUAGAUCUGAAAAGGGACAAGUCGCGGUUACCAUCACGCAUAAAACAAAUGUACAUUCAGAAGGAAAUGCCUAUUCUCUAUGAAGAUUAUCAUUAUAGUGUAAGGAAUUUGAGAAAAUAUUAUGCAGCAUUUGGAAGCAGCUCUGGAUUGAAUCCAGGAAUUAUGUGGCCAACAAAAGCUGAACUUAAAGAUAUUUUGGAGCAUGAUUCUGUGUUUCACCCAUCCUUACAAGAUAUGUUAAGUAAAGUACGUCAUCAACGAGAAAAAGAAGAAAGAGAGAAAAAGUUACGUGAGCAAGAAAUUAAAAAUAAUAUUGCUAAGCUUGAUGCAUUGAAAAAAGACUUCUAUCAAAAACAAGCUAAAAAAGCAGCAGAUGCACAAGGUCAAAAAGAGAAGAAAGAAAGAAUGAUUGAAGAAGUCAGGCAGUUUUUAGGAUAUGAUAUUGAUCCAAAGGACCCCAAGUUUAAGGAAAUGUUAGAAAAGAAAGAAAAAGAAGAGAAGAAAGCAGAGAAGGAAGCCAGGAAGAAGGAAAAACAAGAUAAAAUGCUUGCUAAGCUUGCACAGAUUGCAGAGAGUUCUGCUCAAAAAUGAGUAAUUUAUAUAAUGACAAAAACUUGUCUUUAGUUUAAUUUUUCAAUGAUAAUUCUUGUAAAAACAAGUACAUGCUUUUUAUUUGAGCAGUUUAAUGAUUUGAUAAAACUAGAUAUUGUUUAGUUAAUACUAAUAUUUUCUGUGCUCUAAAGUAUAUAUGUAUCAACUAGUGUUCAUAUUUGCUUUACUUUGCAAGUUGUAGAGUUUUGCCUCGGAACAAGAUAGUAAGUUUUUAUGUUUACUUAGUAAACUUCUAUAUAAAGUCAGGUACUUUUGGGAAUAUAUUUUUCAGUUCUUUAGUACUAUUUUAAACAGAUGCAAUUAAAUUGAAUAACAAAUAUAUACAAAAAAAAGAUUUUUCAAUAAAACAAAAUAGUCGUAUUAGUGACAGAAAAGUUCAAUUUUGUUAAACAGUACUUACAAAGCUUUAAUGUAAAAAUAUUUAUGAUUAGUGAUGAUUAUAACAAUCUCCACGUUAAUAAUAAUUUUAAGGUAGGGAAUCAAGUUAACUGGAACAUUUUAACAGAUUUUGAUGGAUUAAAUUAUUGUAGCCCGAAAA